GUGAGCCCGCUGACCGUCCGUCCCACAGAAACUCGCAAGAACCAAGGGCAAAAACAGGAAAAAAAUAACUUCGGUCCCCACAUCGCCGCCCACCGCCUGCCUAACGCACCGUGUCGACCGCUCCACCACACGUAGGAGGAAGGGAGCCGGAGAAGCCCAGCCAGCCUCCUCGCCGCCAGCGAGCUGCCGUGCAAUGCCGCAAUAGGAAUCACGAAUGUCCCGAAGGUGCCAACCUCCGUCUGCGUCGCGGUAUAAUCCAAUCGAAUCCAUCCGUUUGUGGGACUUGGGAAUUCCAUUCGUCUUCAGAUCAGGUAGAAUUUGUCAGGCUGGUGAGUGAUUCACUUGAGCUCGUGUUGGAAGAGGCAAUUGUCUAGUGACAAAGUCACCACUGCGUCGUCCCAGGUUCAUUUGCUCGGUUCUGAUGAGAGUGGUGGGUUGCAGACUGGUUUCAUUCCACUCCUCUGUGUUCCGAUUUCCGAAGCCUGAUGGAGAGAAGGACUCUGUCUUCUCUAACAUUCCUCUCUGAAGUCUGAACCAGUCUGUAGAUAGACCAUCAUAAAGAUUCAGGCUUUGUGCUUAUAUAAUGGAAGAGAGGAGUGUUUUGACCCAGCGUUAUGAAAUCGGGAGGCAAUUAGGACAAGGCACCUUUGCAAAGGUAUACUAUGCUCGCAAUCUAGCAAAUGGUCAGUCUGUUGCCAUAAAAAUACUCGAUAAGGACAAGAUCUUGAAGGUUGGUCUGGUGGAUCAGAUAAAGAGGGAGAUCUCGAUAAUGAGAAUUGUAAGGCAUCCGAAUGUUCUGCAGCUUUUUGAGGUAAUGGCUACCAGGAGCAAGAUUUACUUCGUUCUGGAGUACGCUAAAGGCGGUGAGCUUUUCAACAAAUUAGCCAAGGGGAAGCUUAGUGAGGAGGGGGCAAGGACAUAUUUUCACCAGUUGAUCUCUGCUAUAGAUUAUUGCCACAGUAGAGGUGUUUACCAUCGUGACUUGAAGCCUGAAAAUCUACUAGUGGAUGAGUAUGGGACCCUUAGGGUCUCUGAUUUUGGUUUAAGUGCGCUAACCAAGUCAAAGUGGCGAGAUGGUCUGCUCCACACCGCAUGUGGAACUCCGGCUUAUGUUGCUCCGGAAGUGCUCAGCAGGAAAGGCUACAACGGUGCAAAGGCAGAUGUAUGGUCUUGUGGAGUGAUUCUGUUUGUUCUUGUUGCCGGUUAUCUUCCUUUCCAUGAAAGAAACCUUAUGGAGUUGUAUAGAAAGAUUGCUAAGGCUGAGUACAGAUGCCCUCGUUAUUUUUCCACUGAGCUGAAGGAGCUCCUUAGUGGGAUCCUUGAUCCAGAUCCUAAUACUAGAAUGUCCAUCGCAAGGAUAAAGAGAAGUCCUUGGUAUAGGAAGCCGGUUGAGAGAACACCACUGAGAAAAGACAAGACUUAUGCGAGCGAAGCUGCUGCGUCUGGCCUUCCAUGUCGCAAGAGUUCCGAUGGACCGGCGAGCAUGAAUGCAUUUAAUAUCAUUUCCCUCACUCCUGGGUUCGAUCUAUCUGGUUUGUUCGAUGAAAGAUAUAGCCAAAGGGAGGCACGAUUUGCUUCCAAUGAGCCGCCAGCAGCUGUAUUUGUGAAGCUGGAGGAACUUGCCCAACGCAUGAAGCUUAAAGUUACAAAGAAAGACAAUGGAGCGAUGAAAUUGGCCGCGCCGAGGGAAGGAAAGAAGGGUACUCUUGAGUUUGAAGCAGAGAUCUAUGAGCUCGCGUCGUCUUUUCUCUUAGUCGAGUUGAAGAAGACCAAUGGUGACACUAUGGAGUACCAGAAACUGUUGAAAGAAGACAUUAGGCCGUCACUCAAGGACAUUGUUUGGUCAUGGCAUGGCGAUGUUCAGCAGCAGGCACAGCUACCUCAGGAUCCACAGUGGCCACCACCGCAGCAGGCACAGCAACCUCAGGAUCGACAGUGGCCGCCGCCGCUCCCACCACAGCGGUUAGAACAUUUAGCUGCAAAUGCCCCACCGCCACAAUAAUCUAACUGAAAUCACUAUCGAACACACACAUAUUUCAUGGUGAGACCCAGAACCAUAUUUGCCUAUUAGAUUAGUAAAUGUGCUUGCAGUUCUCACGUAGAUGUCUACCAUUGUUGGAAAUGAAGGCUCGGCUUUUCCCCAUUUCUGUAAAAUUGUUUUUGAAUAUACAGAAAUGGUGCCUCUUCAGAUUGUUAUCGCUGCAGAAAACAGUGAUUUGUAAUUUUGGCGUAUAAUGAUGGUUGCAUUUAAGUUCUGUAGGAUUCUCCUAUUGGGUUGUUUUAUUAUUUGAGAAAUACAUCUCCUUCUGAUAAUAUAUGACUGUUGCGAUUUGUGAACUGAUACUUAAGAAACUAUCAGCGUUUGUUAGCAUGCUCUGUGGCAACCAGGAGGAAACAGUAAGAUGUUGGCCUUUGACUCAUGCCCUACCAUUUUUCAUGAACCAUUAACCAGCCAAACAAAAUUGGCUAGAGGAAAUAAAAUGGCAAGAAAACGCUUCCCCCUCCCUUCCCGAGGCGCUCCCGAGGGCAUCCCCAGGAGGAAACCCUAGCGUUGCCUCUCCGCCCCCCUCCCUCGCCGCGCCGGGGGCGUCGCCGGCCUAAGGCCGCGUGGCGUUGGCGGCGGCAGGGCGGCUCCCUCCCGUGCGUAGCUGGUGGCAUCGCCCCCUUUUCUUGGUGGCGUCGGGUCGGCCCUGCUCCGGCCCUCUCCCUCCUACCGGCAUCCUGUGGCUGCCGGCGCCGCCUCCUCCCCUCCCUCCAGCGCGUCUAGGGGCUCCAGUACCUAGGGGUCGGCUGGCGGCGGAUCUGGCCUCCUGCUCUGUCCUGGAUGGUGGUGGUUGGCGGGGGCAACGGAUCUGGGCAUCCCUGCCCAAAUCCGGUGGAUGGUGAUGGUAGGCGAUGGCAGGGGUGGCCGGCGGCCCUGAUGUGGUGGUGGUGAUGCUGCUGGUGUUCUCGCUGCUCCGGUGCAGAGUGGCGUUGCUCCGGACGGAUCUAGCCAGGGCGUGGAGGCAUUGGUGCUGUGGCGGCGGUUGGCUUCUUCCAGCAUCGGCUCGUUUGUAGGCGCGGCGGUUCAUGUCGGCCUUCGACCCUUUUCCUCGUCGCCUGUGCGCUACUUUCGUCGAAGGGUCGGCCAUCUCCCGGCUGCGGUCCAUCGCUCGUCUCGCAUCUAGCAGGACUGACCUUGCCUCGUGUCUGAUGGCAGGACCGAGCUCGUCUCGCAGACAGCAAGACCAUGCUCGUCUCACGCCCGAUGUCACAGGACGGGUCGAUGGAGGCCAGUUUCAGCCGGCCUAUUGGGUCUCAACACUAGGGGGCGCCUAGGGGUGCGAAAAAGGCAGGUCCUUUUCCCGCUCUUGCAGUGCUAGGGAUGGUGUUGCCGCGCUCAACACCUAUGUGUGUUGUGGGUGCAUGCGUUUGUACCCGGACAAGAAUUGUAAAGUUUCAUAUGAUGCUACUAUUCAUGUAUUUCAUUCAAAGAAAUGGAGAAGAGAAAACUGUAGAAUUUUUUCCUUUA